CCACCAUGUCUAGCGUGCAAGACUCUCAUGUUCGUCAUUCCGACAGCUCUGGUCGCCCCAAUAAACGUCGCAAAGUGGCAAUUGCGUGCGACGAAUGCCGUGCUCGGAAGGUCCGCUGUGACGGGAGACAACCCGUCUGUGGGCCAUGCGCAAAACGAGUGGACCAGGGAAGCCAAUGUGUUUACACUGGGGAACUGGAGAAAAAGCGAGCAGUUCGCAAUUACAUCGAAAGUCUGGAAAGCCGGAUCAAACAUCUAGAGAGUCCUCGUUCCUUUUAUGACAGUGGAGAAGGACGGCCUGUGCAAUCUUAUGAUAGCUCGGACCAGUUGCAGUCACCAGCCUCGCUGGAUCAGUCGCUUCGACUGAAAGACCCAACGGACAGUGUCAACGCCAUGAUGGGUGCCGUGGAGGAUGAACGUCCCACACAGGGCUUUUUUGGCAGCUCUAGUGCUGCCAGCUUUAUCCGUCAAAUCAAAACUGCCAUAGAUAAGAAAGUUUCGUCGCCGAACCGCCACACUUCGGAUUCGAUUCUUGGGGUUGGUCCGCCUCCCAGUUUGAUGUCCACGAAGAAGCCACGGUUAUCCACAGUCCCCAACUAUGUCCUCCCUCCACGAAAGACGGCAGAUAGCCUCAUGGGGGUUUACUGGGAGUUUGUUUUCCCACUAUAUCCACUCGUUGACAGCCUUCAGUUGAGAAGAGAAUAUGAGAUGAUUUGGACAGGGGAGGCUCUUCAAUCUGAUGAAAACAUGCUUAUGUGUACCGUCAAUGUCAUUUUUGCACUGGCCUGUCAACUGGCUGACUUUAUCCCACCAGAGGAGCGGGAGGCUUCUGCAGAUGCAUUCUUUACUCGUGCAAAGGAUCUUCUUCAAUUCAACCUCUGGAAUACAGGCUCCGCUGCUCUAAUUCAAUGUCUGCUUCUAAUGGCUCAGUAUUUGCAAAGCACCGACUCCGCUCAUCAGUGCUGGAUUGUCACCGGGCUGGCUAUCCGCAAUGCCCAAGGCCUUGGCUUGCAUCUUCCCCAAACAAUCGCUCGUCUUCACAAUCCACAGGAACAGCAGCUGGCUCGCAAAAUAUGGCACGGAUGUGUCCUGAUGGAUCGAGUCAUAUCCAUGACAUUUGGACGCCCUGCCAUGAUCUCUAAGGCAUCGUGCGGGUCGGUUCCUCUACCAGCUACGGUGGACGAGGAGUAUAUCCCUGCAGUGUCUGGGUCCGAGGUGACACAGCCAGCAGACCGACCAUCAGUCAUGGCAUUCUAUGCAAAGUCUCUUGAACUUUAUGAAAUCCUGAAUGAUAUCCUCUUGAGUCUGUACAGUCCGACAACCGAUGAAAGUCCAGAAGACAUCUAUGACUAUUACUUCAAUAAAGAAGCCAAUCAAGGAGAGCGGACCAUAUUCGAACUCGACCGGGCACUUACGAAAUGGUCCCGAAGCCUACCAUCACACUUGCGAGGUGAAUCACAUCUAGGGGGCGGAUAUACAGUCUUCUACCACCAAAGUGUUGUAUUGCGUGCAAGAUUCCUUCACGUAAGGAUGCUUCUCUUCAGACCUAUCCUGUCCAGAUACUGUACUUCACGUGAAAUCGGGAUUGCGGAUCCAAUGAUUUCCCUGCAAGACUCUUUUCCUCAGCGAGUUGCAUUGCAAUGCUCGACCAUUUGCGUCAAGGUUGCUCAAGAGGUUAUCGGGCUAAUACACAGUAAUCUGCCCGCCGAUGGAAGUUCAGGCCCUCUUCCUGCCUGGUGGUACAACAUCCUAUACGUUUACACCGCUGCCACCGUUCUCAUAGCCGGUCGUCUCUGUCCUGCUAUAUUAGAAGAGGUGACUGAAGCUGCAAUCACGCAAUCGUGGGGAAACGCUUUGGAGGUAUUGCAAAGAUAUCAUAGCCACAGCACGUCCGCCCGGCGAUGUGUUGCAGCUCUCGAAAUUCUCUACGAACGGGUAGUAUCUGAAGGGCCUCCACUCCAUGACCACCAAACGAGCGCUUUCCCCACGAACCCUGCGUCUAAUGGUCUCGGCGAUCUCUCUUUAGGGGAGGGUAUCAAUUCAAUACUGUUGGAUAGCCUUGACUUCCCAGACUUUCAAGAUAUGUCAUGGUUGAACAGUGUUCCCAGCAACCUCUUCUGAGCGGGCUUCCUGAUGGUGAAUCAUUUUCUACAUACGCAAUUAGCAGAACAAACUUUGUUUCUCGGUCUGCUACACGAAGGUGGAUUUUGCGAGUUGUUUCGAGCAAACCAGCUAAUUACAGCAAGGCAUCGGUCUAAGCAAGGCAGCUGUGGGAGAACGUAAUGUCCUUUUUCUUUUCUCUGAAUA